AUGGAAGUGGACAGCGUCCAUUCCACUCUGGAAAAAAAGUUUAAGGCACCAAUUUUCACACCAAUGGAUUAUGUGUCCAGGAUGAGACAAUGUAGGCCCUCGCAGCCCUACGUUGUUCAUUAUCUAGAUUUAAAUUUCUCUAAAAACUAUGAAGAAGUGCCUGGCAAUUUUACCACAAUAAGACCAGGCAGAAGGUUUGGUGAUGCCACUGUUAAUGAUAUCAGAGGAAUUCUUUACGUCAAUGGUGAAGUGCAAUAUAAAGUACGCCAUUCUUAUGAAUGGGAAGCUUUACCACAAAGGACAAUUAAUAGUAGAGAACCAGUAGCACCUGCAAGAUUAUAUAACAGCCCCAUCAACAACGAUGUAACCAAGUGA